AUGGUCUCUCUACCAGACGUCCAGUCCUCAAAUGCUCAAAUCGCCAAAAUCCUCCCACCAGGCCUUGUGGCAGUCUUUGUAGGGGCAACAAAUGGCGUCGGCGAAGCAGCGCUGAAAGAGUUCGCCCGCUCAGCCCAAUCUCCACGCGCAUACUUCAUCGGCCGCGCGCAAGAAGCCGCUGCCCGCAUCACAGCCGAAUGUCGACAGUUGAACCCGGAGGGAGAAUUCAUCUUCAUCAAAGCGGAUGUCAGCCUGAUUCGGAACGUCGAUGUGGUGUGUCGCGAGCUUCAGAGUAAAGAGAAAAGUAUCAACAUCCUCUUCCUUAGCUGUGGAACUAUUCGUUCGGGGGAAGAUACAACCGAAGGCCUCCAUAUCCUACCUGCACUUGGAUACUACGCACGAACACGGUUCAUCACCAACCUCCUCCCCAAUCUCAAACAAGCAACAGGCUUACGGCGCGUCGUCAGCGUCCUAGCCGGCGGCCACGAAGGUCCCAUCGACGUUACCGACUUCCAAGCAAAGAAGCUGUCCAUAGUAAAGCUACGUGGACAUCUUGUGUCCAUGACUGAUAUGGCCCUGGAAACACUGGCCGAGCAAGCGCCAGAAGUGACGUUUAUUAACGACUACCCCGGCGCAGUCAAGACAGGGAUUGGGCGCGAGGCAAAUACCUUCUUGACUUGGUUCAUGGGUAUUGUGCUCAUGAUAAUCGGGCCUUUGAUUUACGUUCCCAUUCGGGAGUCGGGGGAGAGACAUCUUUUCUUCGCGACGAGUGCUAAGUAUCCGCCCCGUGCCCGUUUAGACGCAGGGGAAGCUUCCUCUGGUGUGCCUUUGUCGGAGGGAGUUGAGGUUGCCAGUGGGACGGACGGGAAGGUUGGAAGUGGGGUUUACAGUAUUCACUGGAGGGGGGAGCAUGCUGGUCCCAAUGUGGUGACCUUGCUAGCUGGACUUCGCGAGCAGGGAAUAGCCCAGAAGGUUUGGCAGCAUACGGUUGGUGAAUUCGAUAGAAUUGUGGGGUCGGCAGAUGUCUGA